AUGGCUUCUGGCUCUGGCUCUGGAUCUCCAUGUGGGGCAUGCAAGUUCCUCAGACGAAAGUGUUCAGCUGAGUGCAUCUUCGCUCCUUACUUUUGCUCCGAACAUGGACCAGCUAGAUUUGCAGCCAUCCAUAAAGUGUUUGGUGCUAGCAACGUUUCCAAGUUGCUCUUGCAUAUACCCGCUCAUGAUCGUUGUGAGGCUGUGGUUACAAUUGCUUAUGAAGCCCAAGCUCGUAUCAGAGACCCUGUCUACGGUUGUGUCUCCCAUAUUUUAGCCUUACAGCAACAGGUAGCGAGCUUGCAGGCACAACUGAUGCAAGUGAAGGAACAACUGGCUCAGAACCUGAUGGAGUCAAGGAAAGUGGAGAAUCAUUGGUCAGGGAAUGUAGCUGGACGAUUCAAUCCAUUUUGUUCCACUAACAUGAACCCUAUAUCUCCUCAGAGCUCGGUUGACUCAAUUGAUUAUAGCAGCAUCAAUGAUGGAAUGAGCAUGCAAGAUAUGCAAAGCAGAGAGGAUUUCUCAUUCCAAGCUUGUUAUAAGAAAAGAUCAUACAACACUGACUUGGGUGAGCUGCAAGAGCUGGCACGUAGGAUGAUGAGAAACUAUAACUAG